UACACAAAUUGUUAAAUCUUCAUUAAUGUCCGGUUGUUGAUUCAUAAGUUUUUUAACGGUGACACAGAUUAAAGUAAGAAACCGUGUUAAACUUCAUAAGAAGCAAUAACGCAACAUGUGUUAAAGAUGAGAAAAUUGCAUGAACUUUGUUUUAUUUUGCUUUUAGUUCACUUCGUAUUUGCUGCUAAAGAGCCAUGGCUGGGUUUUAAACGAUUAUCAUUCUCAAAGUUAGAGAUGACGUGUCUCAACAAUAUGGACGGGCCGAAAGUAAUAUUGUUCGUUAAAAAUCAUUUUGUCGAACGCAAUGGAAUCGCAAAGGUGUUUCACAAUUUAACAGAAUGUAACACAAUAACACGACUGCAAAACGAAGCCGUAGAAUGUAACUGUGUGGACAAGGACCGUGUUGUGUGCACAAUUACCGGAAUACAAUACAUCAGUGAAGGCGACGAAUGGAGUUGUGCCACAUAUCAUGAAGGCAAACCUGUUUAUAGCAACACGGCGAGAGUUGAAAGAAACGAGAUACCGAGCAAAACAAUCGAUGAACAAAGCACGAGUGUAAUUGUUACACAGAAACCAGAUGUUACUGCUGAUGAUGCGAAAAUCAAAUAUCCUUAUACUACAAACAUCGAACACAUAGUUACGGCAACGGAUAUCACACACAUAUUUACCUCCUACGCCACCACCAAGAAACCAAUUGCACCUUUGACAACAAUGUUUUAUGUCAUCGGGCUUGUUGUCCUGUUGUUUGUGAUCGUAAUCGUAGCCAGCUGCAUAAAAGACUGCCAAAUACAGUAGUUUCAGAUGGGACAGAGAUAUCCGUGUAGUUUGUUCAGAGAGGACCUUUACUUGGACUUGAGGCAAAGUUUAUUCCAAGACAAUGCUUGAUUGCGACUUCCUUGCGGUUAUCUACACGAGCGACUAUGUGAUUGUGUAUUUUAUGUGCAUGACUGGCGGCUUAACUCAACGUGCAAUGUUUUCAUUUAAUAAAUGUGCUAACAUGUUAAUAUUUGUUGGGAAGAUCUCGAUAUAACUCUUAACGAGAUUUCAAAGUGCUAUGUGAUUAGAUCUGUAAUGUUUA